UUCGGCCCUGGCGCCGCCCUCAGUCCCCAGGCGCUAGCUGACUGGGGUGGUUGGGACCGUUAGCUCGGCAGGCUGGCAGGCUCCGGGGCACUACUCCAUUGGCGGCCGGGAUGGAGACGAUGCGAGCGCAGCGGCUGCAGCCUGGUGUGGGCACCAGCGGGAGGGGCACUCUCCGAGCGCUGCGGCCCGGAGUGACUGGGGCUGCGGCUGCCGCCGCCACACCCCCUGCGGGCCCCCCGCCUGCCCCACCGCCUCCCGCACCGCCCCCGCCGCCGCUGCUAGUGUCUGGGGCCCCAGGACUGCCCCUGCCCCCCGGCGCCGCCGGCAGCCCGGCAGUGCUGCGAGAGGCCGUGGAGGCCGUAGUGAGGAGCUUCGCCAAGCACACGCAGGGCUAUGGCCGAGUGAAUGUGGUGGAGGCACUUCAGGAAUUCUGGCAGAUGAAGCAGUCCCGUGGUGCUGACUUAAAGAAUGGGGCUCUAGUGGUUUAUGAGAUGGUUCCCUCCAACAGCCCUCCUUAUGUCUGCUAUGUCACGCUGCCUGGGGGAAGUUGCUUUGGGAGUUUCCAGUUUUGCCCCACAAAAGCUGAGGCCCGGAGGAGUGCUGCAAAGAUUGCGCUAAUGAAUUCUGUGUUUAAUGAACAUCCUUCCCGAAGAAUCACUGAUGAGUUCAUCGAGAAAAGUGUCUCUGAGGCCCUGGCAUCUUUCAAUGGCAACAGGGAGGAAGCUGACAACCCAAAUACAGGGAUUGGUGCCUUCCGAUUCAUGCUGGAAUCCAACAAGGGCAAAUCAAUGUUGGAGUUCCAGGAGCUAAUGACAGUUUUUCAACUGCUACACUGGAAUGGCAGCCUUAAGGCCAUGAGGGAACGACAAUGCUCUCGGCAGGAAGUUUCCUUUAAGAAUCUCCGGCCGGGCGCGGUGGCUCAAGCCUAUAAUCCCAGCACUUUGGGAGGCCGACACGGGCGGAUCACCAGGAGGUGUUGGCUCAUUAUUCGCACCGAGCCCUGGAUGAUGAUAUUCGCCACCAAAUGGCCUUGGACUGGGUGAGCCGGGAGCAGAGUGUGCCAGGGGCACUCUCUAGAGAGCUGGCCUCUACUGAGCGGGAGCUGGAUGAAGCCCGACUGGCAGGCAAGGAGCUGCGCUUCCACAAGGAGAAGAAAGAUAUUCUCGUGCUGGCUGCUGGGCAGUUGGGCAAUAUGCAUUCUUCCAACUGCUAGGCAUCUACCCACAUACUCCCCAGCCUUUCCACAGCCUUUUUUGUAUGUCUCCUUUCUAAGAUUUAGGAUGAUUUUUUGUACAUACUUUCUCAAUUUUAUACUUUAAAAAUAUAUAUAUAUGUGUAUAGAUUCUACACCUAGAUUCCUAUUUGCUAAGAGAUCCCUUUUCUUACUUCCAGUUUUUGGAUGUAGUUUUAUUUGAAACAUCUUCAGUUCACUUUACAAGAAAGAGCAGUUUGUCUUUGAAGCUUUGUUAGCUCUUAAACUUCCAGAUUAACUGUGUAGUCAUUUCAGUAGCACUAAAAGAUUAACUC